CGCGGCCGGCUGCACCCGUCCUGCACUCCGCGUAUCAGCGUGUGUGAGUCUGCAUUGAUUGUUCUGAACAUGGCUACGUUUACCCCAGAAGGUGCCGGCAGUGCCGCAGAUGGCAAGAGGCCGCAAUUUGGAAAUCGAACUCUCGGCGAAGAAGAUGACGUUUUUCGACACAAUUCGUGGGAUAAUGUUGUGUGGGACAAAGAACAGGAGGAAUUAGCCUUGCAAAAAGUUAAAGAAAACUCCAAAAUUACAGCAUCGAGUGAGGAAAUUUUACAGUAUGAAACAGAGGCUGACAAAUAUUGGGACAAAUUUUAUGGAAUUCAUCAAAAUAAAUUUUUCAAGGACAGGCACUGGUUGCUGACAGAAUUCCCUGAAUUGGCUCCUGAAAAAGUACAGCAAAAUAAAAAUAUACCACUGAGAGAAUCAACGGAGCCCCAAAAUGAAAAAGAUGAAACAGUUGAAACCUUAGACAACCCGCAGAAAAAAAUAUUUGAAAUAGGUUGUGGAGUAGGAAAUACCAUAUUUCCUUUGUUAUUAUAUAAUGACAAUCCAAAUCUUUUUGCAUAUGGCUGUGAUUUUUCAUCAGCUGCAAUUGAAAUAAUGCAACAAAGUAGAGAAUAUGAUGCGGCAAGAUGUAAGGCAUUUGUUUUGGACGCUACUCAAGAUGAUUGGAAUCCACCAUUUGAAGAAAACAGCUUAGAUAUUGUAAUUUUGAUAUUUGUACUUUCUGCCAUAAAUCCAGACAAAUUUCAACAUGUUGUGAAACAAAUUCAUAGGUAUUUAAAACCAGGAGGUUUAGUAUUAUUUAGAGAUUAUGGAAGAUAUGAUCUAGCUCAAUUAAGAUUUAAGCAAGGCCGUUGUGUUGCCGAAAAUUUCUACGUAAGAGGUGAUGGCACAAGGUGCUACUUUUUCACUCAAGAAGAGCUCAGGGAACUGUUUACUGGCUGUGGAUUUGAAGAAGUUCAGAAUAUUGUUGACAGAAGACUGCAAGUCAAUCGCGGCAAACAAAUUCGAAUGUACCGAGUUUGGGUUCAAUGUAAAUAUCGCAAACUAUAAUUUGAACAUAAUUAAAGUUUGUUUAAUUAUAUGUACAUAUAAUUGACUUGUAUUUAUGAUACUAAACGUGGCUUUAGUUUUUUAUUAAAAAUAGUGUCAUAAGAGUUAUUUUUUUGUAAUAAAGACGUUAA